CGUUCCCCACCUUAUCCAACGAAACCCCAGCCAACCAAUCGAAAUCCCAAAUUCUGAAUCACAACCGUAGAGGGGAAAAAAAAAAAACAAUCCGAAAUGGCUCUCAUUCUCCAACCUGCUUCCCUCCACACUCUCUUCUUCCUCCACCCCCUCCCCAAUGGAAACCAUUCUCUUCUCCUGUUCUUCCAAUCCAAUACUGAAUCUCAAAUCAGUCUUCUCCAAAUCCCCUUCUCUCCCAUGCCUCAACAAGCCCAUCGUCUCCUCCGUCCUCAAAAAACCAAUCCAAUCUACCUAUUCAUCUCUUUCCUCACCCAACAACAACAGCUGGCUUUCCUUCCUGCAUCAUAGCUUGGCUGCAGCAGCUAUUUCCGUUGCGAUCAAUUUCUGCCCUCUACCGACCGCUGCAAGCCUUGCGAUGGCUUCGGAAUUCGACGUGCUGAAUGAGGGGCCGCCGACGGAUUCGUACGUGGUGGACGACGCCGGAGUGCUCAGCCGGGUGACCAAGACUGAUCUCAAGCGCAUCUUUGCCGACUUGGAGUCGAGGAAGAACCUGCACGUCAAUUUCAUUACCGUUCGCAAGCUCACGAGCAAAGCAGAUGCUUUUGAGUAUGCAGACCAAGUGUUAGAGAAAUGGUAUCCCACUGUUGAAGAAGGGAACAACAAGGGAAUAGUUGUGCUUGUCACCACACAGAAAGAAGGGGCGAUAACAGGCGGACCAGGUUUUAUUGAAGCCGUGGGAGAAAAAGUACUCGAUGCCAUUGUGUCAGAGAACCUUCCUGUUCUUGCAACAGAUGAGAAGUACAAUGAAGCCAUGAUUAGCAGUGCUAAUCGUUUGGUUGCUGCCAUUGAUGGCCUGCCAGAUCCGGGUGGUCCUAAAUUCAAAGAUAAUAAGCGUGAAUCCAACUUUAAGAGCAAGGAAGAGACUGAAGAGAAGAGAGGGCAAUUCAGCCUGGUGGUUGGCGGCUUAUUGGUUAUUGCUUUUGUAGUUCCAAUGGCACAGUACUAUGCUUAUGUUUCUAGGAAAUAGGAGAUUUUAUAUCAAGAAUUUAAUAAGCAUGUGCUUGCAGCAGUGUUGGAAACUUACUAGCU